GCGAGCCAAUCAGGACGUAGCAUGUAAAUGAGCAAGCGGGGCAGGUGGGGGCGACUCCAGAGCCCGGUGUCGCCGCCCUGGAGAGGGCGCAGGCUACAUUGACUGGCACCGAGCGAGGCGCGGACUCUGGUGAGCAGGUCGGCUCUGGGCCAGGGGCAGACGCCAGGGAGUUUUGGGUCUAGGAGGAGGGAGGGUCGGACACACUCAGGCCCAGAGAUGGUCGGAGACAGCAUGGGGACGUCCUUGGGGACCCCACCCCCGACGACUCUGGACACGGACGGUGCGCAGACGCCCAGGGGACGCCGAGCAGCGGAAGGGCCCGACGCGUGAAGGACGUGGGGUGAGGGGAGCGAGGGAUCCGCGGACCCCGGGACCGCUGACGCAGUGGCUGACAGACGAAGGGAGAGUUGGACUCACGGAGGCCUAGGGAGACCCUCACGCCAUCUCCCCGCCCGGCGCAGAGAGGCAUCCGUGGCUGUGCUGCGGAACCCCAGAGGAGGAGGAUAGCCGGCUCGUCCAUCCUCACCAUGGCCAGCUGCCGCCACCAUUCCGGAUACUUGGCAGACGACGAGGCCGGCCACCCCACCUACAUGGCCCGGCCGCCUAAGAAGCCACUGUUCCCGGAAAUGGGGCAAGCCUCCAAGUUGGGCCACAUGCCACACCCACCAUCAAGGUACACCCCCACAGACAGCUUAAGACUCCAAGGCCACCGACGAAACCCAAGGGACGCUCAGCCCUUUGGUAGCUUCCUGGAUUUCCUCGUCGAGGGUCAGGUGCUAGACAGCCUACAGACGGUGGUGGAAGAGGCAACUGAGCGCGUGACCACUAUGAAGACAGCGGCUGGGGUGCCACUGGUGGAGGUGCAGGACCCGAUAGAGGUGCCGAGGGGUGGGCGGCAGGUGCGCGCCCGGCCCAGCCUCAGUACCCUGCACCGGCACCGGGCCCGGCGCAGCCUCUGCACUGGAUGGCCCAACAACUACCCAUCCUCCUCCAGCUCCACGUCUGACUCCCAUAGCAGCUUCACAGCUGGCUGGCUGGGCUCGCACAGCCAGGACAGUGACCUGGGCACGCAUGGCAAGGGCUCACUGCCACCCAUGAAGGACAGGCUUUUGCUGGAGAAGAACCUCAAACGGCUGCUGAAGCUGGAGAACAGAGGGAAAGGCCUGGGUCAGUCCUGCUUCUGGAGGGACUCCCUGCUGUGGGACACACUGGGCAGCCAGGCCAGCAGCCAGUGGACCCAGACCCAGGAGCCACCUCUGUCCUGGUGCUCAGGCCUGCUGGACUCAAGCACAGGCACACCCCAAACAUCAGAGCCCGGGCCUGGAGAACAGGAACUGACCUUCCUCAAGCGAGGGUUUGAUAAGAAGAUCAAGUCCUUGUUGAGCCAGUCAACGUCCUUUGACCUGCCUGGCUACUGUUCAUUCCGUGAGCCCCAUCAGACUCUGGACUUUCUGGCUGAGCACAACCUCUUCCCCGCCUUGCAGAGUGUGGUCCGCCAGGCUGUGGACAAGCUCAGUGGAGCCUGCCACCACGAUGGCUGCCCUCUCUUCCCAUCAGAAUGGGAGCCCCCAACAGAGCCCAAUUUUGACUCCACAACAGGUUCCAAGCCAGCCACACCCACCGAUGGGGAGGAGCCUGAAGAUGUGCUUCCCACCCAAGUCUCCAGCUCCAAGAUGAUUCGAAGAAAGAGCAUCAAGGGCAGAGGAUGGGCCAAGCCCAAGAGCCCCAGUUACAAGUUCAUGAGGAAGAAGCCACUACCCUCCGUCUCUUCCAAGUCUACCCUAUCCCACCUCUCCAACCCCUUGUACGAGGAGCUUGUCAGCUACUUGGUAGAGCAGGUCGUGUCCUUGCUCAUCUACAAGUACAAGUUCGAGAAGAACCUUUCCAAGCAGCUGGGCUUCAUCUCCUUCUCUGUCACUGAGACGCUCAUGGACCUCUUCCUGGGAUUCAAGAAGGUGAAGGGCUCCCGCAUCUGCCUGUCCUCAAAGAUCGACUGGAGCUGUCUGCUGCGCAGGCUGGAGGAGGCCGAGUGGGACCGGCAGCUGUCCAGACAAGCAUCCCAGCAUGACUCCGCCUCCCAGCGCAGCUCCCGCCGCGGCACCAUCCACCGCGGGGCCCCGCACCACGGGGCGCCCCACGGCAGCACGGAGUCCCCCUCCACACUGCUGGAGCCGGCCCCCCAAGCGGAUCAGGAGGAAGCUGCGGAGUCCAGCUUCGACAGUGAGUUUCCCGACUCUCAGCUGCUCGCGGCUCAGGAGGAUACUACAGCCGAGGAGCAGGAACCCGCGAACCAGCGAGAGCCCAGGCCCUCCGUGUUCCCGGGCCCAGGCGUGGGCUCUCAUCAGCGUCAGGAAGUAGUAGACAUGGACAGUCAGAGCAAUGAGGUGGAAAAGGAUGAGCAGGAGGAGGAGGAUUUCUUAGGGGACAAUGGCCCAUCCCAGAGCUCCCCCAAGCCUCAAGUGGAGAUGGGGCUCAGCCACUCCACAAACGUGGGCCGCAGCGACCCUCCAUGAGGCCCCCUGUAGGCUGCACCCAGCGCUUGAUUCCCUGCUCCUCCUCUUACUCCAAUGGAC